UGAUUCCCACGGUUCUAGACAUAGUGGUCAACGUCCCGGGAGGAAAGCAGAUCUUGCUUAAGGGAAUAUCAACAGACCGCAUAUGGGACGUUCGACGGCUCCUGGCCGUACACGUGGACACAUGCCACUUCACCAACUUCUCCCUCGCACACGAGGUCCGCGGUCCUCAUCUGCGUGACUCCGCGGAUGUGGUAGCACUGAAGCCUUGCGUCCUUGACCUUGUUCAAG